AAAAGUCAGGAUGGACAAAUUUGAAGGCUACAUCUUCACAGCGCUGUGCAGCACCAACUUUCUGGUGUCCUGCCUGCUCUUCUCCAAAGUCACUCGGGAGCAACGAGAGCCCUACAUGGACGAGGUUUUCCAUGUGCCCCAAGCUCAAAAAUACUGCCACGGGAAAUUCAACCAGUGGGAUCCGAUGAUCACCACCCUGCCAGGGCUCUACCUGGCCUCCGUGGGCAUCAUCAAGCCCGUGGUGCGGCUCGCCGACAUGAGCGGCGAGGUGGUGUGCUCCACGGCCAUGCUGCGCUUCGUCAACCUCCUCUUCAACUGCGGCAACCUCUACCUGCUCUACCGGCUCACCUGCAGGCUGCACCCCAGGGAGAAGACGCGGACGGCAGCCCGGCGGAUCCUCUCGGCGCUGUCGCUGUCCGCCUUCCCCGUUCUCUACUUCUUCAACUUUCUCUACUACACGGACGCCGGCUCCACCUUCUUCGUGCUCUUCGCGUACCUCAUGACGCUGCACGGCUGCCGCAAAGCCUCGGCGCUGCUCGCCGCCUGCGCCGUCCUCUUCCGCCAGACCAACGUGGUGUGGGCGGCGUUCUGCGCCGGCACCCUGGUGGCCGGCCAGAUGGACGACGCCUGGAGGGCGGGGCAUUCCAAAAAGACGGACGACAAGCCGGCCCCGUUUCACGUCCCGCUGUCCUUGAGCGGCGCCAAGCGGGUUGUGCUUUUUGCUCUGGACUUUUUCACUUCCGCCGGGCACGUGAAGGCGGCGCUUCUGGCGACGUGGCCCUACGCUGUUGUCGCAUUGGGCUUCGUCGCCUUCGUGUGGCAGAACGGCGGCGUGGUGGUGGGCGACCGCUCCAACCACGAAGCCUGCCUCAACUUCCCUCAACUCUUCUACUUCCUGUCCUUCUCCCUCUUCUUCUCCCUGCCCGUGUCGCUCUGUCGCCACCGCGUGCGGCGCUUCCUGCAGGCCGCGAAAAAGCGGCCCGUCCUCUUCCUCGCCGUCGCCGCUGUCUGCGUCCUCCUGGUGUGGAAGUUCACCGCCGUCCACAAGUACCUCCUGGCGGACAACCGCCACUACACAUUCUACUUGUGGAAGCGAUUCUUCCAAAAGCACGAGGUGCUCCGCUUCCUCCUGAUCCCCGCGUACAUUUUCGCCGGCUGGAACUUCCUGGACUCGCUCAAGUCGCGCUCGCUCUUCUGGAGUUUGGCGUUCCUGGCGUGCCUCCUGGCCGCGACUGUCCCGCAGAAGCUCCUGGAGUUCCGUUACUUCAUCGUCCCGUACCUGAUGUAUCGGCUCCACAUGCCUCUCCCGUCCCUUUCCAGACUCGCGCUGGAGUUCGCGCUGUACACGGCCGUUAACGCCGCCACCAUUUACAUCUUUGUCGCCAAGGCCUUCCGCUGGCCGGACAGCGCCGCCGCGCAGAGGUUCAUGUGGUGAACGCCCGGGAAUACCAGAAUAGCUCAAAAAGGGGAAUCAUGUGAUUUUUUUUUUUUUGAGCGAUACUACACAUUAUGUAAGGCAAACAUUGUGUAAUUUAUUCAGGUUGGCUUUUAUAUGAUUCUGGAGACCAAAUGAUUUUUUUUUUCUCCAAAAAUUGUACAAUAUGUAAGUGAAGAAACCUAUUUUUUCCCUUCCUGACCCAAAAAGUACAAUCCCACCUUAUUUUUUUUCCUUGUAGGUCAAUGUAUAAAGUUUUCAUUUUAUUUUUUAAUCCUUUUGAGCUUCUAUUUGCUCAUUCUGUAUGGACAAUCAUCUUUUUCUUUCCAACUAAGUGCGCCUUUUGAUUGCUAUCAUGAAUAAAAAAAAAAACUCAAGCUCAUAUGUUUUAUUACAUUUCGAUUUAUAAUAGCACCUGUUAGUUUUAUUAGUUUCACCUGUCUAUCGGCGAGAAUUCCGACCCUCAAAGACCUGUUAGUCCACCUCCACUCCAUGUAUUAUCCCGAAUCAGAUGCACUUGUGUGAGGUCGCAAGCUGCAUAAAGACACCUGUCCACCCCAAACAAUCAGGAAGACUCAAACUUGGAAGAUGACCAAGACCGAAGAGGCGUCCAAAGACACCAGAGACAAAAUUGUACAAAUCCACACGGCUGGAAAGGGCUACGGAGAAAUUGCCCAGCAGGUUGAAGACGAAUGAUGAGUUCCAUCGCAAGAACACCAUUCCUGCUGUGAAGCAUGGGGGUGGGACAUCAUGCUUUGGGGAGGGUGACCGCAGCAAAUUUGUGAGAUUUUGGGGAACAACCUCUUUCGCUCAGUCAGAGCAUUGCAGAUGAGCCGUGGCUGCGUCUUUCAACAUGACAAUGACCCGAAGCGCACAGCCAGGAAAACCAAGGAGUGGCUCCAUAAGAUGCAUAUCAAGGUUCUGGCGUGGUCUAGCCAGUAUCCAGACCUAAACCCAAUAUAAAAUCUUUGGAGGGAGCUGAAACUCCGUGUUUCUCAGCGACAGCCCAGAAACCCGUCAGAUCAAGAGAUCUGUGUGGAGGACUGGGCCAAAAUCCCUCCUGCAGUGUGUGCAAACCUGGUGAACAACUACAGGAAAAGUUUGACCUCUUUAAUUGCAAACGAAGGCUA